CAGAAGCUCCUGUGUGUGGAAGCUGCGGCCCGGCGGGCGGGUAGAUAACAGAUGCGGGUAAAGGAUCCAUCAAAAGACUUACCUGAGAAAGGCAAAAGGAAUAAACGAGCAUUGCUGCCUCAUGACGAAGAUUCUUCAGAUGACAUUGCUGUGAGGGAUUUUACCACACUGGUCCUGUUUCCAUGUUCAGUGCCCUUGGGGUGGAGGAGUGGGAAAUAUGUAUUUGGGGGGUGUGGUAGAAAUUCCCAAAGCCAGCACUCACUGAGGCACUUCAAGAGCUCUGGGACCGAGUCCCAUUGUGUUGUCAUUAACCUGAGUACGUGGAUCAUAUGGUGUUACGAAUGUAACGAAAAAUUAUCAACACAGUGUAACAAGAAGGUUUUGGCUCAGAUAGUUGACUUUCUCCAGAAACAUGUUUCUAAAACACAAACAGGUGCAUUUUCUAGAAUCAUAAAACUCUGUGAAGAAAAACGUGAAACAGGUGAAAUAAAGAAGGGAAGAAAAGGCAGCUGUGUGCCGUCUGUUAAAGGAAUUACAAAUCUAGGAAACACUUGCUUUUUUAAUGCAGUCAUUCAGGAUCCGUUGGUGGUGGAACUUUCAAGCCCUGGACCAUUGACUUCAGCCUUGUUCCUGUUUCUUCACAGCAUGAAGGAGGCGGAAAAAGGACCCCUUUCUCCUAAAGUUCUUUUCAAUCAACUUUGCCAGAAGUGA